AUCCAGUGGCAGUUUUCCACAAGCACCAUGAACACUGUCAAGUCUUUUUGGAUGGGCUGGGGCUCGCUCUGUGUCGCCGGCGGCGCGGCAUACUAUUUUGCGAAGAAGAACAUCAAUGCGGACCGUCAGAGUCGACUCGAGGAGCAGCGGAGGAAGAAGGCCAUGAUUGAAUCACUCGAGUACUCCGAGAACGUGCCGAACCGGCCCCUUUCGUCCGCGACCACGGGUGGGUCAAACGGCAGUCCGGCGAACGGCGGCCCCGCGAGAACGGACACGGCAGGCUCCCCGAGCCAGGAGUCCAGCAGCGACCCUGCUCCGACGAGACAUGCGCCGGCUACCGAAAGCCAGAGAGUUUUAGAGAAGAGCAAGUACGAGGCAAGCGUUCCAUUCAGGAGUCCCAAGGGCGAUCGGUUCUCGUAGGCCGCUGGCUGGGUGCGAUUGGGGCAAAAAACAAUAGGGAUUUCAAUAGCGGCAACAAAGCGGCGGGAAUCGCCUCUCCUUGAGUUUAUUUUUGGUGCGAUAACACGACGACAACCUGAAGUUGAGGAGGCACUAUCGCGAUCGAGACAACAUCGCAAGACACCUUCGGGCAGCACGCCGAUGACGCACUCAUGAUCGCAAUACAUCCUCCGUGUACUCUACCGUUUGCGCAAACCUAUUCUUAGUUGCAGAGCUUCUAGGGCUCUUGUUCUGAACCCAGAUGGACUAAGGGGGGGGAAGGGGCGCUCUUG